UGGAUGGGCGUGGCGCCUUGCCAGGCCGGGGCAAGGAUCACUUGUCUUGCCCCAGCCCGGACCGAAUGUCAAGCGAGGACGCUGGAGGCUAGUACGUCUUAUCAUCGAAAAGUUCCUCGUUCGCGACGAUGGCCUCGAAUCGUAGCUUACGCAUAAUCGACGAGGCCUCCCCGCCACCGCAGCUAGACGAUGCUUCCUUCUCCGGAGGCGGCCAUGGCACAUCUUGGUUACUCAGCCGUCGUAUGCUGUCCACGCUUUUCUCACUCACCCACGCGACGGGAAAGAAAAGGGGGGGGACCCAGGCGAUAGGAGUCGACUGGGGAGGGAAAUUCGCCAGCCAGUCCGGUCACAAGACCCUUUCUCCCCGGGGUGGACGGGCCGUCCGUUUCUCCUCGUCGUGUUUGCCUCCUGAUACACCGUCAUCCCGCGUGUCUGAUGGAAUUCCACACUCAUCGGCCUCAUCGGGCAGUUGUUUCCAGCGUGCCGGCUUGCUACAUAUCCUUCCAGUCUUCACCCGAACUUUUGCUCAAGAGGGGUUCCGCGCACCGCGCCUCCGGUCCAUGCUCUCAUCCCCAGGUUCAAGGGUCCAAGGGCAUAUCUGGAAGAAAAGCCAGCCACCCCGAAUCAAUAGGUAGGCAGACGAACCAUGCCAUGAUGCGAGAAACCAGCCACCGCCUGCCCGGCAUCAUUUGCCGUUGUCAACUGUCAAUUGGUGCUGGAGGGGUGCCAGCUGUCUCCCCG